GCCAGCUCCCACAACAGUUGGCUGUAGUCAUGUGUACCUUUAACACCAGAUCACUUGUUGUAGUGUCUUGUGGGUCAGGAUAGGUUACAGGCAGGAUUUCAGAUAGUUACUGACAUGAGAUGUUUAGCUGAAUUGUCACAACUCAGGAUUUGAUAAGCGUUGUCAUUCAUGUGGUCUUGGGUCGACAAUCACCAGGGAUAUUAUCUUCAUGUCCUUGCAAGUCAGCCUGCUAUAACAUGUCAAACUUGUCACGGUUGGUCUAAAUACUGUCAGAUCUAUCAAACGGUUUGGGAGACCUUGACAAAUGGUUGGCAGUGCAAUAUGUCGGUCAGGAGUUGAAACUGGAGACUGUGCGUGGAUGAGCUUGUUGCAGAUAAGACUGACACAUCCCAAGCAACUGCACAGCCACACACUGUGACAGAGUGUCAUGUCAGGCUUAUCACCCCACACCAGGCCCCACGCCCUAUCCCAGGAUCAAAUGUAAACAUCUCCCAACCAUAACUUUACUUUUUCACCUUUGAAUUUUUUCAAUGUGGGCACCAUGAUAGGACCUGGAACCAAAAUAUACAUUGCAGGUUGACAGAGGGAGGAUCAGUGUUCAAAAUAACUGCCCGCCUGCCUGCCCGUGGCUGGUAACUUUUCUGGCGUUAAAUUUUCCUCCACCUGCUGCCUGUAAUUUUAAGACUGCUUACAUAUUCAAUUUUAUUAUAACUCCUUGUAGAUUCUCAAAUAAUUUUUUGCAUUAUUUCACCUGAAUUGAAUCAAGACGCAAGUCUCUAAUUUUUUGCGAUUUUUCAAUAUUUAUGUUGGAAUGUGGGCAGGUAACUUUGAAGACUGGCAGGCAACACUUAUGGGUCACCUGCCGGACUGUCUUGUUGGGUUUUAAAUGAUUUCACGCAGUGGGGAGGAUCAGAGACAGGUCUCAUCAAUGUCAGUGAGUAAUGUGUUCAACUUGCAAAUGAUCCUGUCAGUAAAACUGGCUGAUCCAGACACCUUAUGAACCUAGCAUUGUUCACCUUAAGACCUGGGUAUAGAGAGCUCCCCACUAUUUUGAGCCACCCUACAUGAGGACCUAUCAGGUGUUUCUUCACUACAGGAGGUGGCACAGUGCACAGCCCAUUUCAACAAUCCUGACUCCGACACAUCAAGCAUGACUGGUUCAGCAUACAGCAGUAGGACACAUCAAUUCUAACACCAUUUUGUCGCUCGCCUUUCAGGACAAUGUGUUGCAUAAACACUGAUAUCACAUAGCCGCCUACAAAUCGAGUCUGUCACCGAGAUUUAGGUUCCACUGAGUGGUCAUCAUCUGGUGCUUGAGUGAGUUAGUGACUGGAGUGUCACUUGAUACAUAAAUCAUUGCUUACAUUGUCACUCUUUAAAAUGUAUGAGUUGGCACUUAUUUUUAGACCCAGCUCAUACAAAGAUCCGCCUUUGGAAUUCGAAAGUAGGACUGAACAUAGUUUUGCGUUUGUUCAACUGCUAAGUGGAACUUCAUAAUCUACGGUCUUUGAUUACGGGUUUUGUCGGAACACGUUCCAGUAUUUCAGGAAUGGGUGGCCGAGGCGAAUCCUGUCCCAGCCAGUCGCCGCUGAAAACGUGCAUGCAUCCCUCAUCCUGACACAACAACCUUCUCACCAUCUUUGCAACAUCAUCAGCACUAACUCAUCAUGACGUCGUUUGCUGCAGCAGUGUUGUCUGUGUGUGUCAUCCUCACUGCCACAGCAGACAUGAUGGUCCAGGCAGAAUGUCGCACCAAGCACCUGCCCACUGGUUCUGAAGUCAACUGCAGUGGAAGCGACUUGGCAUAUGUACCCUGGGACCUCCACAGUAACAUCAAAGUACUUGAUCUCAGCAACAACAAACUCACACAGCUCAGUAGUGGGGAUUUCAAUAAAUAUACAUCACUUGAAAGGCUCUACUUGAGGAACAAUCAAAUCAGUGAACUUGAUAAUGAGACUUUCUCAAAGUUAAUAAGACUGAAAAAUCUGGAUCUGUCAAGUAAUCAGUUUGCCAGAGUUCCAGUAGAAGCCUUGAACCUGCCAGAGCUCUCCCUUCUUUCUUUGCAAGGGAAUAGACUAACUCGCAUUGAAAACAAAGCUUUCGCUGGAUUACAACUACUAAAAAUACUGCAUCUGGAUGGAAAUCACAUAAACUCCAUCCAGAAAGAUGCCUUUGAGGGUCUGCAGUACCUCCAGAUUCUGGAGCUCCAGAACAAUGCCCUGCAGGAUCUCCCCGAGGGAGUCCUGAGACACUGCUCCAGCAACCUCCUCACCCUCAGACUCUACCACAACCCUUGGUUCUGUGACUGCAGAAUCCACUGGCUGAAACAGUGGUUCCAGAACAACACAGGAGUGCAGUGGGAGUUCCCCCAGUUCAAACCGCAGUGCGACGGACCAGCGUUUAUCAGACAGAUGCCAUUCUCACAGGUUUCCUUGAACAACUUUGCUUGUCCGCCUGAGAUGUACUCAAGUUCUGAUAAAAUGGUGCUCCAGCCUGGCAGCUCCCCGAAACUCCUGUGUAAAUUCUUUUCCAUGCCAGAGACUAGGCCCAGAUGGUUCAAAAACAAAGACUUGAUCCGAGAAGAUACGGAAAAGUAUGACAUAAAUGAACAUGGUGUUUAUGAGAAAACAAGUGUUUUGGAAGUGACAGACUUUCAGGAGGAGGACAUUGCAUUGUACACCUGUGAGGUGGAAAACACCAGGGGAUCCAACUCCAUCGAGUUCAUCAUUACCCUGGAAGGUAUUGACUUCGCGUCCCUGUUCACAUCACCCAAGCCGGAGCCUCUCGGGGCAGGUGUGGAUAUGAAAAAUGUUGUAAUAUCUGUCAGCAUUGUCUGUGGUCUCAUUUUGCUGACAGUGUCCAUCAUUCUUAUUGUGUGUUUGACAAGUAGAUACAGGCGCCAAAAGGCGAUUAAGAAAGAAGAAAUUGCAAAAGAGAUAAAGGAUCACUUCCUUACCAAUGGAGACCUGUCGAUGAAGUCACUUGACCACCUUGAUGAUGUAUCUCUGACCAACAGCAACCACGAUUCCAACACUACGAAAGAGAAGCUGUCAGAACAUGACGACAGCAACCUCCUCCAUACAUCGCUCUCAAACAUCUGCCGCCCCUCAUCCCCGACUGGUCACACGUACUUGUCAUUUGACAGUGAACUCACGGACAACGAUGAGCUGACACAGAUCUACUCCGCCAUCCGUAGCCCGAAACGAGAGGGUUCUCACACAGAGUCCACAACUCCAUUAUUAGAGCAUUAUGCACCAUCAUCAGUUUUCGAUUCCAGAGAACCAUUGGAUAAUUCAUCUCGUCUCCAGUCGUUUUCCAGUGUCCCAAGAAACGGAACCAACUACUGGUCCAACAAUAACCUGCCACGUACCCCGGGAAGCAUGAGGUCCAAUACAAUCUAUAAUGAUCCUAGUUACCUAUAUGGGACGAAUCCCUAUCCCCGGAACUACCGAGACUAUGGGGAUUACCGGGAUUACCGCUAUCCCACCCCCCCACCUCAAAUGCAGAGGAUACAUUCAACAAAGAAAAGUGCAUCUGUUGGUAAUCUCGGACUUCCGCAGAGGACACCAGCGCCACGGAAACCUCCACGCGUGAAUCGUUCGGGCGAACGGAUGAGUGACAGUGUGGAUGACACAAACAGUGAAAUCGGAAGGACGAUGACAAAUUCCAGUUUCAAUGGCAUUACGCCAGGAACCCCUGUGUGAGAUGAAGUGCUUAUGUGUUGUGUCUUUUCAUUGGAUCAUAUCAUCAUUGUGCGUAUUCCUCCAUUGUGGAGAUGGCAGACAAUGCUCAUUGUGCAUCUUUCAAGAACCUCUAUUACCAUGGUAAAGACAAACACAAGGAAUAUCAGUAACCAUGGUAACGGAAUACCCCAGGUUUAUCCAUAACCAUGGAAACAAAAAUUGCAACAAUACUCCAUCGCUAAGCAUAGUGAAUGAAGUGAUCUAGUGCAGACAGUUUCUAGUCUUGGAGUUUCCGUAUAAAAAAUGGAAUAAAUUCUGUAUUGUAUCAAUGUGGAUUGAGACAUGUUGCGCUGUGAUGACGGUGGGGUUGACGCCACUGUCGGUGUGGACAGUAUUUAUUGCUUCUCUGGUAGGCUGGUAGGUGCUGACCUGGUCUCAUGAGAUCUCAUGAGAUCCCACAAGCUCACUGAGACAUGGAAUCCCAUAUGCUCAUUGUACAUACAUAUACUGGAUGUAAUUCAUAACCAACGCAGAAGCCACUAAUUACUAUGGACACCUGUUUACUUAUACCCUGCAUCAUUUGUACAUAGAAACAUUUUACAUCGACAACACCCAGGCAGAGUUGUCUCCCCUGCUUGACCGCAUUGGAUUUCUAGCUAUACACAGAGUUGUCUCCCUUGUGACCCCGACUGUUAGCUGUGAGUGGUUGUAUCAGAAGUUUUAUAAGCAUUAUCAAUAACUUCAGCUUGUAUUACAGAGGUUUGUAGGCUGGCUUGUUCCUGGAGAAGUAUUAUACACUGUUUCCCUUGCUGAUUAUUUCAGGGGCAUUGUGGCCCCCUGAACUUUGUCCACACUGUACAAAACUGUUCCAUGAAACUGUUUACAAGGUUAGAUUUGUUGAAGUGUACAGAACUGUUGUAAUUUAUUUCCUUGUCAAUUGGUAUUUACCUCAAAUAUGUGUGUUCUUUCAAUGAAAUUUAAGCCUUGAAAUCGACGACUGAAGUCUUUAUUUUACCUGGUUGUCACAGCAAUGGCAGAUAUAUACUGGCACCACAGGCAGGAUGUUAUCGCAAAUAUUACAGACUAUUGUUAAUUACCAUUUGUUUUAAUAUGGUGUGAAUGAGAAAGUCAGUGAAAAUGCUGUUGCCUAUUUGAUGACCUCUUGUACCAAACAAGGUGUACUUCUUUGUUUGUGGAUGUUCAAGGCUAAACUUGAUCAGUGAUCAGGAUUUAAACAGGUGAACUACAGAAUUAAAUAUUAAUGAUGAUGAUAAUAUAUAAUCACAAUUCAGGGAUCUGUUUUGAAAAUGUCAGUUCAUCAGGAUGUUUUGAAACAACCUUUUGAAACAAACAGUUAUGGGCUUGAAAUUAGCCAUCUUUCACAUCAAGCAUCUUUCAUUUUGAAAACUACAAAAAUACAUGUAUAGACUAGCCUGACAUCUACAAACAAGAUUAUUUCGGCCGAGAUUGCUAGUUUCUGUUACUAACUGUUGUAAAAUAUUCCUCCUUCAAUUCUGUACAGUCACAACCUGUUACAGUUGUGUGUAUUGACUCAGCAAUUCUCAACAUCAAGGAGAUACUAUUCAAUUUCUCUUCACAUUUUAUACACAUCAGAAAACAGUACUACGGUUUACAUGUGCACCUUCAACAUUUCCCAGCAUGCAGUCCUCCUGGAACACACAUGCUGCAGCGCCGCCUAGCUUUGUUUUCCUCCACAGGAAAUGUCAGCGCUAUCCAUCCCUUAUUUCAGGCUAUUAACCGGCUUCAUCAUCGCAUUACGAUUCUGAACAGACCUAUUACAAACGUGAUGUAGUGAUCGUGUUUACUGGAGCCAAAAUGUACACAUCUCUGCCAAACUAACCCAGUCAAAGCCAGUUCAGUCGCAGGCAGUGACCAUAACAAGUCUUUCCUGAGGCUGUUUUUCUCCAUAAGGAUGGAACAAGUUCUGCAAUACAAACAAAUAAAUGAUUCCCAUUUACAUUAGGUCAUGUAGGGAACAAAUAAGGAGCAAGAUUAAAUAUUAUUUUGUAAUAAAAAUCCCAAGUCCUAACUCAGAUUAUUUAGGAUACAACCCAAACUUUAAUGAAUGAAAUAUCGAAAAGGUAGAUAUAUCUCAUGUUGUUACACUUGUUUGAUUUUUAUCCCAAACAUCUGUCUGAUCAUAAUUACAAGUGUAAGUAUGUAUUGUAACAACUUUUUUCAAAGGUAUUCAAAAUGUCAGUGCUUCACAUUCAGGACACCACUAACUGAUGCAUUAUGGGACACUAUGUAUGACCAACCAUAAGAUAAGGGAACUUAGGGGUGAAAAAUCAUUUUGACUUUUCUUUAUAUUUUUAAAACUACAUCAUCUUCAGAACACAAAAAUACAAUUCACAAACUUCAAUUCAUAUUUAUUACAGAGGUGCAUGGCAUCAAACAUGGCGAUCUUCACUGAAGUAAGUUGCCGUCAAACUUCUUUAUGACGUCACAGCACAAUUGCAUCCUAACACCCAUAAGAUCCCUUUGCUCCUGGUGGGUCUCAUCUAUCGUCAAACAAGGGUUAUGACACAAUAGUCAGAGAAACACUGGAAGUUACUAGGAGGUAGAUAUGGCAUGAUUACAUCUGAUAACCUGUGUGACAGACACCCAGCCACAUUGUCACAACACUAGUGUCCCACUGCCUUUGACAGUAUGUAUAUCAGCCUUACUUCACCAAGCUUUAAUCAGGUGAUAUCAGGUGUGUAUUCACUGUCUCAUCAUCAUCACGUUGUUUCCACUGACUGACAUAUCUACCCCGUCACAUAUCUAGAUUACCCACAAUGCCCUUCUUUAUUUUGUCGUAUUUUCCUUCACUGUUUGUCUAAUGCUGUUGCAAAGUUGUAUAGACAUGUCUGGAUUAGCAACUAAAUUAUUUGCUUAAUUGUCUUAAUUAUACCAUAGGUCUUUUUUCAUAGUGGAUGAGCAAUUUUUUAUUUAUGGAUCUCCAAAAGUAAAAGACGUCCUCUCUAAGGAACGUCGUCUUUGAGUCUAGGUGUCAGGUACCUUUAACAUUGGAUAUAAGAGAAGUUUAAGUCAUAACAGUGCAACCAACUGGCUGUAUCCAUCUAAAACUUAAACAAGACAUUGGGGAUGCUUUCAGAUUUAGUAUCACUGCCUUUGAUUUUCAAAUGAGAAGGCACAUUGAAUGUGAAUUUUUCUCCUUAAUUAGAAAAAGCAGUCCAUAUUGUCAUAGUUUGAUUCCUGAAUGCCAGCUUCUGAUUGGCUACCUGCUCCUGUCAAUCAAUGUGCUAUGUAUGGUCUAUUUUGUUUAGUUGCACCAAUCACUGUGUCUGAUUUUGGUUGCUGCUUGCUUAUUUAUUUGUUUUGAGUUGUUGUGAAGCAGUUCAGAGGGGACUACAUAGGUUCAGUUGUGUCAAUGGAAAAAUAAAAUAUGAAAUAAUAA